AAACGGACUGGGGGUCAGUGUGGAAAGGAGGGGGCCCCACCAAGAUUGGGUCAGUGCUCAGGGCACCGGUGAGCCUUCAUCCCCCCCUGCUUGCACAGAGCUCAAGAUAAAAAGUCAAGGGUAUUUCUCCGAGACCUGCCGCCAUGGAGACAGAAAGCGAGCAGAACUCGAACUCAGCCAGCGGAAGCUCAGGCUCUGGUGGAAGCACCCGCCCUCAGAUUUCACAGAUGACACUCUACGAACGGCAGGCAGUGCAGGCUCUCCAGGCCCUGCAGAGGCAGCCCAACGCAGCCCAGUAUUUCCACCAGUUCAUGUUUGUCUUCCUAGAAGUCCCGAUCUCCGGCUGCCUCCACCUGGGAGCAAGCCGGCGCUAUGGCCCUCGAAUGCAGAAAGGCGGGAAGCGCAGCAAGCGCAGCAAAAGCCCCCACCCCGUCCCAGGAAGGCCCGAUCGGACGCCCCCGGGCAACAGCCCCGGCUUGCCAGCCAUGCUCGGGGAAGCCUUGCUGGAAAGGAACGAAGGGACGGUGCUUGAGGCCGGUGCGCCUCCAGCCCGCUGCAGGCGCGCCCCCACAGCCACAGAGCGCGAAAGACGGCUGCGCACCGGCUUCACCUGGCUCCACUUGGCUCUCCCGGCCCCAGCAGUACCGCCACCGCCAGCCCGAGCUUCUCCCGGCGGCCGGCCACUGCGCCUCCUUGAUUCGGCUGGAGGGAGCCAAGAGGCGGGGCCGCUGAUUGGUCCCUGGUCUGUUUCCAGCCCCGCUGCAGCCCGCAGCCCUUUGGCCACCAUUGCGGCCAGCCGACAGGCAAGCUCUCCGAACACGAGCACCCCUCAGCAGGCGACCACCACGCAGGCGUCCAUGAAUUUGGCGACAACAUCCGCCGCACAGCUGAUCAGCCGUUCGCAAAGCGUCAGCUCACCCAGUGCCACAACCCUAACCCAAUCCGUGCUGCUGGGGAACACCACCUCACCGCCUCUUAACCAGUCCCAAGCGCAGAUGUAUCUUCGGCCGCAGCUGGGGAACCUGUUGCAGGUGAACCGGACCUUGGGCCGCAAUGUGCCUCUCACCUCUCAGCUCAUCCUGAUGCCAAACGGGGCUGUGGCUGCUGUUCAGCAGAAGGUGCCGUCCGCUCACUCUCCCGGGGUCCACGCAGACACGGACCAGGUGCAGAACUUGGCCGUCCGGAGCCAGCAGACGUCAGCAGCCAACGUCCAGCUUCAGGCUUCUGCUCCAAAGGCGGCCCUGCCCGGGAUCUCCCAGGCUUCGGUCCAGCCCCAGGUGACGCACGCCAGCCAGACGCUGACAGUGACCCAGACGUCUUCUGGCAACGUGGGCCAGUCGCUCAAUCUCAGCCAGGGGGCGGCGGGGAGCAACGGCCUCUCCGGGGGCGUGGUGUCCUCGGUGGGGAACCAGGUACCCACCAGCCUGAGCCAGGCCACGUCGUCUGGCCCGGUGGGUGGCUGCCAGAGGAAAGGAACUGGCGUGGUUCAGCCCUUACCAGCAGCCUCCGCUGCCCAGGCGGUCACCGUCAGCCAGGGGAGUCAGACGGAAGCGGAAAACGCGGCGGCAAAGAAGGCUGAAGCCGAUGGGGCCGGCCCGCAGACCGUGGGCAUGAACCUGACCAGGACCGCCACACCGGCCCCGAGCCAGACCUUGAUCAGUUCUGCCACCUACACCCAGAUCCAGCCCCACUCGCUGAUCCAGCAGCAGCAGCAGAUCCACCUCCAGAAGCAAGUUGUGAUCCAGCAGCAGAUCGCCAUCCACCACCAGCAGCAGUUCCAGCACCGCCAGUCCCAGCUCCUGCACACGGCCACCCACCCCCAGCUGGCCCAGCCGCAGCAGCACGCCCCGCCCCAGGCCCCUCCCCUCCAAGGCCAGCAGGCCCCGCCCCUCCAAGGCCAGCAGGCGGCCCAGACGCUUGUGGUCCAGCCCAUGCUGCAGUCGCCACAUGUGCAGCUGCAGCAGCAGGAGAGCCCUUGCCAGGCGGCCACCAAGUCGCCCAUCCCCAUCCAAUCCAAGCCACCCGUCGCCCCGCUCAAAGUCCCCCAGCUGGGCGCUGCCAAGAUGUCGGCAUCCCAGCAGCCCCCGCCUCACAUCCCGGUGCAGGUGGUGGGCAGUCGCCAGCAGGGCUUGGCUCAGGCCCAGGCCCAGGCCUUGGGCCUGCCCCAGAUGAACGUGGGCGGCCAGCCCUCCCGGGGGAUGCCAGCCGUGGUCCAGCCGGUGUCCCAGGCCCACACGGCCUCCCUGCUGUCCCAGGGCUCCUCUCCCCCCCCUCCCCAAGAAGCUCCUCCUCCCCCGCUCACCCCCGGAGUAAACGUGGCGCAAGUUCAGGGCACCGCGCAGGUGGUGAAGAGCAUGACCUCCUCUCCCGGCAUGGCCCAGGCACCAGCGGCCGCCUACUAUGUCCAGCCCGUUCAGCUGCCUAGCAAGCCCCAGACUUUGGCAGUCAAGCGCAAAGCAGAAUCCGAAGAGGAGAGAGAUGAACCUGGCGCCCUGCCAUCCCUCCUGCCCACCAAGUCCUCUCCUGUGGCAGAGAGUCCCAAAGGCACAGACGAGAAGAGCGGCCUUGGAGGCGAAGGGAACAGAGAGAAGUCCGAGUCCGCCCCCAGCGCCGCCUCCAACACGCCCCCGAGUGACCCGUGCUCCGUCGCGCCUUCCUCCGCCUCUUCUGCGUCUACGCUGGGCUUGGUGUCGCGUCAGCUGGGCGACUCCAAACCUCCCCAAGCCAUCGUCAAACCCCAGAUCCUCACACACAUCAUCGAGGGCUUCGUAAUCCAGGAAGGGGCGGAACCCUUUCCGGUGGGUUGUUCUCAGCUCCUGAAAGACUUUGAGAAGCCUCUUCAGGGAGGGGCUUCCUCCAGACAGACCGAGAGCCAGCCCAGCAACUCCCCGGGAGGCGACAGCGUGACGGCAGAGCAAGACAAGAAAGGGAACCUGCUGAAGUGUGAAUUCUGUGGAAAGUACGGCCCCGCCAAUCAGUUCCGAGGUUCUAAGAGAUUCUGUUCCGUAACAUGUGCCAAGAGGUACAACGUGGGCUGCAGCCACCAGCUCCGUCUGCAGAGGAAGAAGAUGAAGGAGAUCCAGGAAGCCAGCUAUGCCCGUCGACGGCGUGGACCUCGGCGCAGCAGCUCAGAGAUCGCCCGGGCCAAGAUCCAGGGCAAGCGCCACCGGGGCCAAGAAGACUCCAGCCGAGGGUCGGACAACUCCAGUUACGACGAAGCGCUGUCCCCCACAUCUCCGGGACCCCUGUCCGUCCGGGCAGCUCACGGAGAACGAGACCUAACCGGUUCGAGUCUGAUCCCGCCAACCACCGAUCUUCACGGCAUCAACCCGGUCUUCCUCUCCAGCAACCCCAGCCGCUGGAGCGUAGAGGAGGUAUACGAGUUCAUUGCGUCCUUGCAAGGCUGCCAGGAGAUUGCAGAGGAGUUCCGCUCCCAGGAGAUCGACGGCCAGGCCCUGCUCCUGCUGAAGGAGGAGCACCUCAUGAGCGCCAUGAACAUCAAGCUGGGUCCCGCCCUCAAGAUCUGUGCCAAGAUCAACGUCCUCAAAGAGACCUAACGACGCAUGCCGCCAGUGCCGAGGCCGUUCCUUCAAGCUCUUGACACUGAAUGGAAGGAAGGAGACCUCUCACGUCAGCCUGUGUCAGUGCCGUAGAGGGAAAGACCAUCUUCCUAGGAGGCCUUGUUGAAACAUCUCCCUCAAAGAACCAUCUGUGCUGCCUGGACAUUCUUUGGCCUCCGAACUGAGGACAAACGUGGCUACGAAGAGAGCAUUUUCUUGUCAUCGUCUCCGGAGGCUCCUCAGGGGAAGGGACAAGGAAGAGAAGUUGGCCUUCCCUCUUCUCAGAGCCGCAUUUGAGCCCUCCUUUCUCCUCAGAACCAUCAGGUUCCCAGGAAGGUUGCAUAUGGUUCAUGCUUGGUUAUUGGUCCAGCUUUUGUCUCAUUGAAGGAAGGGAGUCGGCAGAAUGGGAAGAACACCAAAAAUGUUAAAUGCCGCCUUUACUUUUCUCCCCACAGCUGGAAACCUCCAGUUCCCCGUGCUGGGCGGAGACUCUCCACAGGCAUCCACUUCACACCCCGGUCAGGGGGGAGCCUUCCUCAGAUAACCAGAGCACAUCCAGUUGUGUGGUGUCAAGGGUGUUAUGUAUGUGUGGACACCUUUUUUAAAAAAAAACAACAAAAAAAACAGGUCUGUAGCACCACACCUAUCUUCUGGGGUUAGGAUCUACCCUUUCGAGAUCCAAAGAAAAACGGAAGCGUGCCGUGGCACCGGCUGCUUUGUCUAGCAUUUUACACCCACCCCCCCUUUUGUAUCUUGUCCUCCCCCCACCCAAGAGAGCAUAUGAGACAGAACUUCUGCAAGCAAGUUUGUAUCCUCUAUCAGAGGCCUGUUUUAUUUUUGUUUGACAGAAAUAUUCCCUCAGUAAAAAGAACG